CCUACUCGUUAGGGGAUUUCUGGGAGGCAUCAUGGGGGCCAAAUCGAAAGAGUAGAGUGCUGCGACAGCCAUGACUCCGGCUGUGAGCCGGUGCAGGUGGGAGAUCGUUGGAAAUGCGCUCAUGCUCGUGCUGAGAUGAGAGGCCUCAUAUCAUAUAUAAGAGUCGGGAUGAGGCACGGUUUAGGUCAUCGACACAAUGGAUACCAUGAAUAUCUCCUUCUCGCCAGCUCUUGACAUGACUUCACUUCAAGCCCACUCUGGUGCCAUCAACAAUAUCGAGCAGUCUUCCAUCGCCGUUGUGCACGCCGUUUCUGUCAUCGAAACUCACAAGCUCUUACUUGAAGUAUACAGAACUGCCUGGCACUUCGUUCAACAGUCUCAGUACUCAAAUCCAAUGUCACACAAAGGAGCGUUUUCAAGUCCUGGAGCAAUGACGGAUGGUGGAAACGACCCAGAACCACCAGCUGCACCACCAAUCAUCAUCCUCGCCCAAUCCAGUAAAGCACCUGCGCCCCACUUCCAGGUACCAGACCCUGCCGAUCCGCCCUUCCAGCCGCACCCACCUACGUCAUCCCUGUCACCAGAACAUUCACGGCAAGAACCUCAACCUACCGACGCGACAUCAAGACCACCGAAUAAACCAGCACCGGAACCACAUCCAGCGCCGCCUGUAAUCAUUCUAUCCACCUCUCCACCGCACGCGCAAACCUCCUCACCACCUACCUCCUCAUCCUCUCCUACCUCACCAUCCCCACUACCCACCUCUACCUCUCCCACCCCCUCAACAUCCAACACUCCACACAAUGGGUUCCAAAGUCAGCAAAGUCAAAGAACGCGCCACAGACGGCAAACUCCAACCCAGCCAAGAGCGCCUCGACAAGGAGCAAAUGAAGGAACCGAGCAACUACUACUCACACCGCAGCAAGAGCAUGCGGAGGAAAGCGGGUAAAGGGGGUGCAAGUGAUGGUGCAGGAGGAAGUGCUGGAGGUGCUGGCGGAGGCGCUGGCGGUGUAGCGUAGGAAAGGCGAAGAAUAUACAUGGAAGAGUCGUG